AUGAAAUUUUCACAAGCUACCCUUUUAGCUAUAUUAGCUUCCUCAGCCUUUGUUUCAGCUGCUCCAGCUCCAGCUAUCAUCUCUGAGCAAACUAUGGUCAAGAGAGAAGAUAUCAAUGAAGUAUUGGCUAUUUUAAGUGAACUCCAAAAUCACAAUGCAAAGAGAGAAUUUUUAUCAGGAGACGAGUUGAUUGAACACGAUAAAAGAAGCGAUUCCGUCUUGGGAGAUUUGAUCACUGCUUUAACCAAUUCUGGAAUUAUUGGUGACAUUUGGCACAUUUUAACCACCGAUGAAGCUAUUUCUUCUUCCAUUAAAGCUAUUAUUCAAUCAGCAAUUCAAACUGCUGUUGUUCAGGGUCCUGCUUUGAUUAAAGCUAUUUGGAACUCUGGUUUAUUGGGAUCAAUUUUCAAUAGUUUCUUAAAUGACGCUGACUUGAGAAACGCCUUUUUGAAUGUUGCUAAAUCAAUCUUUGGUACUGCUGUCAAUUUGAUUACUUCAUGGUUGAGCGGUUCCUCCUCAUCUUCAACAGCUGCAGCUACUCCUGCUACUACUGCAGCAAAGAGGGACGUUAUCCUUGAUGGAGAAUACAUGGACAAGAGAGACUUGGCUUCAAUCUUGUCGUUUAUUGUUACUCAAAUCAAAGAUUCAGGAAUUGUUUCUUCAUUGAUCAAUAAGGUUUUGGCUGAUCCACAAGCUACUAUUAACUUUUUGACUACUGCUUUCCAAACUGGUUUGGUUGUUGCCCAAGAAAUUUACGGAUGGGCCAAAUCAUCUGGAUUAUGGGAUUCUGCUUUAUCAUACAUUGAAGCAAAUGCCGGUACUUGGGCUGGUGCUAUUGCAUCAUUCUUGGGUAAUGCCUUGACAAAAGGUUUAGUUAGUGCAUCAGAAAUUGAUAAUGCUACUGGUUCAUCUGCUGCUUCAACUUCAACUGUUUCAACUAGAGAUGUCGCUGCUGCCGCUGCUCCAGCUUCCACAACUGCCAAGGCCGUCACUACCACUACCACAGCUGCCGUUACCGCUGCCGCUGCUGGAAACACAAAUGCUUUGGACUCGUUGAUUAACCAAUAUGGUACUGCCACAGCCACAGCACCUACCGUGGACACUGGAAAUUUAGCUAACAACUUGAACCAAUUGGUGGGAGCUGCUAACAGUGCCGCAGCUUCAUUAAAGAGAAGAAACUACUAA